AUUUGCUCAUUUUUGUUUUUGUUGAAAAAGUUUAAAUAAUUUGCCAAGAUGACGUUUCGGGAUCAGAUAGCGAAGAAUGACUCGUACGAGCCCGAUCUGCGCAUGGAGGGCACCUACAUCUGCCGCAUGCCGCAGCCCCCGGCCCCGCCCACCGCAGGCGACAACUGGCACGCCCACCUGAAGCCCCAUGAGCGUCUCUUCUACCAUCAAACAAUGAGCUCGGUGCGGUACAGCAAACGCUUCCGUGGCAAUGUGAAUAUCCCGAGGGAUUCACUCGACCUGCAGUUGCAGUCCCGUUAUGAUCACGGAAGGGAAACGUUUCCGGAGAAGAUCGAUGUGGUGCUGCAACGCGACACGUGUCCGGCCACAAGCAGCUGGGCGGCACCACACGGCCAAAGGGAAGUGGGAGCGGUGUCCAAAUUGAAUUUAUUCCGUGUACUCCGGAAUACACGUGUUGUGCGCGUCAAAAUGGAGGAUGCACUGGGUCAUCCCCUAAGGAUUGGUGGCAUCAAGGAAAAGAUUCAUCCGUCGAGUGUGAAGCUCAUCUGCAGUGGUGUCCACACCCAGCUGGUCAACAAUGGCUUCUCCCGCCAGACUUCCGAUGGCAACUUCUUCCGCUAUUAGCACCUCAGAACACCUCAAAAACAUUGCACAGAUUCCACAGUUUUCAAUUGUUUCAACUUUACAUAAUUAUUGGACAAAUUGCAAUAAAAAUUGACAGAGCGACAACAUAAAGCUGGUCACGCAGUCGGCGCUAGCUUGGGCUUCUUGCGGUUGGUGCUGGACAGCUGAUGCUUCCGGGUCACCUCCUUCUGUUCCUCCUGUUGUCCCACCUGCUCCUCUGGCUGAUCCUGGUCAGUUGGCGUCUGUUGUGCCGCUUUAUGACGUUGCUUUUUGUUUUGGUUACGA